AUAAAUUUUGCUCUAUCUGCAGCGACGAGCUCAGCCAUGGCUUCUUCAGCUGUGCUCUUCUCCUCUGUCAGAGCCUGUGAAUUCUCCAAACCACAAACCCUAAUCCCUCGUUCGAAUUCGCCAUUGAUCGUCUCGAUUCCUCUUCAUCGUCGGCGUCACAAGAACGGAAGAGUCUUCGCUUCGAUCUCGGUCACCAGCCCGGAAGUGCGGACCGGUCCGGACGAUCUCGUCGCCUCAAUUCUUUCCAAGGUUGCACAAACAGAUCGAGGAGUUUUGCUAACUAAAGACAAACAUAAAGAGGUAGCUGAAGUUGCUCAAGAAUUGCAGAAAUACUGCGUUACAGAACCAGUAAAAUGCCCUCUUAUCUUUGGAGAGUGGGACGUGGUGUACUGUUCAAAUCCAACCUCGCCUGGGGGUGGCUAUAGGAAUGCAUUCGGCCGGUUAUUUUUCAAAGCAAAGGAAAUGAUUCAGGUUGUUGAAGCCCCUGAUAUCGUGAGAAACAAAGUGCACUUUUCUGCUUUGGGUUUCCUUGAUGUAGAGGUCUCUUUGAAAGGAAAACUGAAGGCCUUGGAUGAUAAAUGGAUUCAAGUUGUAUUUGAGCCACCUGAACUGAGGCUUGGUGCAUUAGAAUUCCAGUAUGGGGGUGAGAGUGAGGUGAAGCUGGAGAUAACAUAUAUAGAUGACAGAGUCAGGUUGGGGAAGGGUUCCAGAGGUUCUCUAUUUGUCUUUGAAAGACUCAGAAAAACUGUAUAAAAUAUGUCAAAAUUCAGCCCUGAUGCCUUGAUAUGUUAAGUAUUCCUUGUAAUCCUUGCCAUAAUAACAUUUUAACUAUUGGUUUUC